GAGGAGGAAGAGAAGCAAGGACGGAGAAGGUUAGUGAAAUAUAUCGGUCAAGUGCACCCACCACGCGCGCGCCGUACAAUGUUGUGUUUGUUGUGCCCAUCGGACCACGUCCACGUGCGCCUUCGUUGUGUAUUCAUGUUGUGUAAUUACAGAUGAGCUGCGUGGGUGUGUGAUUUGCAUCGUAAUCAAUCUCUCAAGCUCCCAUCCUCCCCCCACUCAAAGCGUGCGCUGCAUGCUGAUUGUUAUUAGAUGCCUGGGAAAUGGUUGAAAUGGCAAGCAUCUUCUGCGCAUAGAAGCGGUUCGUUACACCUGUUGCGCGCUUGCGUUAAAUGGAUCACUUUCACGAUCGAUUGCGCACAAUGGUUAUAGGGAAGCACUGGCCAGAGCUCUAUCAAAUCGUGGUCCACAAUUCACACGAACAUUGACCUUUUGUUUUGAGGGUAUGUAUGUGUGUGUGGCUAACCCAACCUUGCGCCACGUGUGCCACUCAAUGCGGGAGCUUCCUCCUCAAGGGCUCUCCUGAUCUUAGCCUCUUCUCACCCUGUUAAAGGCCUGUAAUCAACAAGCGAAUGUUCCAAUUCCAUUCCCACACCACUAAUGAGCCAUUUGCCUUGAGGUCAGUUGAGCGGGGGUCGCACCAGUAACUCACACCUUACACCCGAUACACACACUCACCGCUCAUUAUGGAAGCAAACAUCGCUGCAUAUCAUUAUCAUCAUGGUGUUGUACAACGUCGCUUUGAUUAGGCCACUGAGAAGAGUGUGUAUGUGUUUGGCUUUAGCUGGUCAGAUCAGCAACAACAGUCCUCAGAAGGUUAUCGGACGUGCAACGGAACGGUCACUCGACUCCUCAAACAUGUUUCCAACUUGGAGCACUUUUUGUGUGGCGUUUUUCGGUGUUUUUUGCGUGGCAUGCUUUGCCCAACGUGCUGCCGUUCCCGGAUCUCCACGCGGAACACCAUACAGGAUUGAUUUAGCACAAUACAAUCAGGCACUGUUGCCAAGAGUGCGCACCCUGCUCGGGGCGACUGAGCUAGCGGAGGAGCAGUAUGUGCCGUACUUCGAGCUGCUGCCCGAGUAUCGCGACCGGCUCAGUGGAAACUUCCUGCUCGAUGGAUUUGCACGCGCUCGGGAUGCUGCCCGGUGCCUUACCUGCAUGUCCAGCUCGUACCUGUUCCUGAGCUACUACAACGAAACGAUCGUAGAUGGGCGGGGGGACACGGAGCGGGUGUGGACGUUCGCGAAGCGUAUCUGUCGACUGCUCGGCUUCAAGCAGUACCUGUGCGAGGGUGUGGUCAACAUGAACGGGCAAGUGAUUGAGUAUGUGUUGCGGAACCGCAGACCAUUCCCGGAGCCGGAAGACAUUUGCCAGAUAUUCCUGCAGGAGCAGGACUGUGUGCGUGAUGGGAGAAGCAUUACGGAGGCGGCUCUGUAUCGCUCCGUUGACAUAACACCACCGGCGGAGGAGCAGGAGGAACAGGUUCGUUCGCGAAUGUAUACCCCACCGGAUGCGGGUGGCUCUUGUUCGGCGAAUCCUGCACCAAAGAAGUCACCGCUAACGAUCGUACACCUCACGGACAUCCACUACGAUCCGGAGUAUGUGGUCGGUGUGAAUGCGGACUGUAAGGCGGAGGCGUGCUGCCGAACGUUGCCCGAUCUGGCGCCCGCAACGCCGGAAACGGCAGCCGGCUACUGGAGCGACUAUCGGGACUGUGACACACCGUGGCACGGUGUGGUCGACGUGAUGGAGCACAUACGCCGCCAGCAUCCGAAGAUAGAUGCGAUCUACUUCACCGGGGACAUUGUGCAUCACUUCACCUGGAACACGUCGAUCGAAACGAACGAGGGCGCGAUGCGGCAGGUGUUUGAUUUGAUGAAGCGCGUCUUCCCGGGUGUCCCGCUGUAUCCGGUGUUGGGCAAUCACGAAUCACACCCGGCUAAUUUAUACGCUCCACAUGACGUAGAGGCAUCGUUUCGGAUGGAUUAUUUGUACGACUUUAUCGCGGACCAGUGGGCCGAUUGGCUGCCAAUCAAAGACAUCCGUCCAACGCUAACGGAAGGUGGCUACUACACCGUGCGAACGCCUUACGGCGUGCGCAUCAUCGGGCUCAACAACAAUCCCUGCUUCGUGCACAACUUCUGGCUGUUCUACAGUCUCGACUACUUUAUGCCACAGCUCCAGUGGCUGCACGACACACUCCUGCAGGCCGAGCGGGACAAUGAACGAGUUCACAUCCUAGCGCAUGUGCCUUCGUACGAUGAUUCCUGCUUUAUCGGGUGGACGCGCGAGUACCGGAAGAUUGUGGAACGGUUUGCGCACAUCAUUGCGGGCCAGUUUAACGGACACUCGCACGUGGAUGAGUUCAAUCUGUACUACAGUCGGGACGAUCCAUCGCGUGCAGUGAGUGUGGCAUGGAACGGUGGCUCUACGACCACGUUCACGAAGCUCAAUCCCAACUACAAGGUGUUCCAGUUCGAUCCGGUUACGUUUGAACCGCUGGAACAAGAAACCUGGAUGUACAACCUUACGGAUGCGAACUUAACGCCCGAUCAGCGUCCUUCCUGGUAUCGUUUGUACAGCUUCAAGAGCUACUAUCAACUGCCGGAUCUCAGCGUGGACUCCCUGCAACGGCUUGUCCAACGGUUUGCUCAAUCGGAACAGCAGCUCCAUCGGUACUGGCAAGCGAAGCAAAAGUAUUCCGAUCCACUACUUCAAGAAGGCUGCACCAGUACCUGUCUGCGCAAUGCACUAUGCGCCAUCGUACGUACCGAACAUGACGAUGAAAGAGCCUGUGAGCUACUAUACGAACGUGCGGCUCAAUCAAACGCUACCACCAGCCAAUCUGGCUAAUAAUUCUCGAAGAUUGUACCUAUUUAAACGAACAAUGUGAACAAUGUGCCCACUACUUACCGCAA